AUGGAGGAUUGGGAUUCGAAAUGGCGUUUAAUGAUAAAGCGGGAGGACGAAAAGAGAGUGUGUAACCGGAUUUUAAAUGAGCGUUUAAGGGAGAAAAAGGAACUUGAGGAAGAAAUCGAGUGUACCUUUUUCCCGAAAACUUACAAAUCACACCCUACACCUGGUGUUACGGAACCUAGCACAUCAAGUUACUCAGAACCGGACGCUGAUGCUCUUUUAAAGUUGUUGUAUCCCAUAAUUAGCGAAGAGGAAGAGAUACUAAAUGAGCUAGACCAGCUUGAGCGGGAGGAGAAGAGUCGCAUCAUGGAGCUCUCUGAGCUCAUUAUUUCAGGCAUAAUAAAGUAUCCAGAGGAGAGUUUGGACAAAUUCUUGUCGUUUUACAGAGAUGAGAGGCUCAGUGACAUCUCUGAGCUUAGGAACAGCAGGAUUAAGGUUAUAGGUAAACUUCAUGAACUUGAGCGUGAAUUUAAUCUUGUAUGUUCAAAAGAGGGUCUCGACCCACAAGCAUUUGCUAAAAUCGGAUUUGAAAUUAACAACAUAAGAGGAAUUAAAGAGGAACUCUUGAAUUCAAUAAGCCUAAAUACUCUUAAAAUUAGGUGUAAAAUUAAACAAGAAUUUGAUCAAAUUCUGAGGUCUCUUAAUCCAAACCAAUUUAGUCACAAGAAUACUAUGGUUAAAAAUACAAGACUAGUUCCCAAAAACUGUUAUUAUCCUUAA